UUACCGAUGAGAAUUUUGACGAUGGCGUGUUUGAGUUCGAAGAUUUGUGCGAAAGUGCAAGAGAAAUUAUUGUGCCAAUUAAUGCAAAAUGUUGAAAUUAAAAGGAAAGUGUUUACACAGACUGGAGGUGCUUUAGUUGCAGGAGGACGACGUGGAUUUGGAUUUGGACAGAGACAGGCGUCGACUUCACCCAACACCAAAUCAUCUUCAACGAACGAACAACACAAACCAAAUUGUCACAGACAACAUCAGUUGUCACAGCAACAAUCGACAUCUCCUACGAUGGCCAGAAGGCACAGCAGCUCUACAGCUGGACAACAGCUGCUGAGCAGCCAGCAGCCUGGAUCAGCCCUAAGGGAUAAACCUAUAGAUCCUUACAUACUGCUGGAGGAGGAUUUGAAGGAUAUUUAUGAUGAUAUUAGACAGGCUCUGCUAGGAUCAACAAAUCAACCAGAAUUGGACGUAAUAUCAACAUAUUACUUCGAUGGACAAGGAAAAGCUUUAAGACCAAUGGUCGCAAUUUUAAUGGCCAGAGCUAUCAACUAUCACAUGGGAAACAAUGAAUUAUUACAAAGUCAACGCGACGUCGCAAUGAUUUCAGAAAUGAUCCACUCGGCAUCCCUGGUACACGAUGAUGUCAUCGACCAGAGCGACUGCAGGCGGGGAAAACCCUCAGUGAACGUGCUGUGGAAUCACAAAAAGGUUGCAAUGGCAGGAGACUUCAUAUUGGCCGUCGCCUCGAUGAUGAUCGCAAAAUUAAGAAAUGAUGACGUAACACUUGUGUUGAGUCAGGUAAUUACGGAUUUGGUACAAGGUGAAUUCAUGCAACUGGGAUCAAAGGAAACGGAAAACGAACGAUUUGCACACUACCUCACAAAAACGUACAGAAAAACAGCAUCUCUGAUAGCCAAUAGCGUCAAAGCGGUUGCCAUGUUGGGUGGUGCAGACCAGGAAACCUGUGAAGCAGCCUACCAGUAUGGUAGAAAUGUUGGUCUGGCCUUCCAAUUGGUGGACGACCUCCUGGAUUUUGUCUCCAGUUCGGAUGCCAUGGGCAAACCUGUGGCAGCAGACUUGAAAUUAGGAUUGGCAACCGCCCCUGUACUAUUUGCAUGCGAAAGGUUUCCAGAGCUGAAUCCGAUGAUAAUGCGCCGCUUCCAGGAACCAGGAGACUUCGAGCGCGCCUUCGAAUUAGUUCACAAAUCGAAUGGCCUGGAGCAGACCAGGUUCCUGGCCAGAAAACACUGCGUCGAAGCCUGCAGACAAUUGGGCAAAUUGGCAGAUUCACCUUACCAGAAGGCCCUGGGAGUGGUCAGCGAUCUGGUCAUCAAUCGUUUGAAAUAGUACAGGAGCUGGUGGCGGAGGAGCAGAGUGGUGAUGGUGGAGCUGA